ACACCAUUACAUUACAGCAAAGCAGAGCAGGGCGAAAGCCGCCGAGAAGCUCCGAGGACCGGCAGCGACGACAGGUCAGGGGAAGCAAGAGCAGCACCAGCAGCAGCAGAAACAAUGAGGCCAGGAGGAGCAGGGUUCAACGCGACGGCGGCGGCGAAGGUCGCGGCCGCACCAGCAGUCGCCGCCGGCAGCGCCGCCGCGCAUUCCGCGUGGCACUCGCCGGUGCCGUACCUUUUCGGCGGGCUGGCCGCGAUGCUGGGCCUCAUAGCCUUCGCGCUCCUCAUCCUCGCGUGCUCCUACUGGAAGCUCUCAGGGUACCUGGAGGGUGGCGCCGGCGAGGGCGGUUCCGGCGCCGGCGCCGGCGGCGACAAGCCAGCGGCCUCGGACCUGCCGCCGCCGGUCUGGGAGGAGAAGAUACUGGUGAUCAUGGCCGGGGACGUGAAGCCGACGUACCUGGCCACGCCCAUGUCCAGCAGGGCCUCCUCCUUCGGGGACCGCAGCAGCCAGGGUGGCGAGCAGGAGGAGAAGGAGAAGAGCAAGGUGCAACAACAAGUCGCCAUGGCCAGCGUCGUCAAGGACGCCGAACUGAACGGUGAGCGCAGCGAGAGCCGGCGGAGAGAAGGAGAGGAGCGCCAUAUCCCUGAGGUGUGAUCCCCACUUCUGAAAGAAGUUAGAUUAGGUCUUGUCUCGGGUUUUCCAUCGGUGGAGUGGAAUCGUGAUGGCCAGAACGUAACAGGGCAGAGCAUUUUUUUCUUCUUCUUGGUUUGCUCAGAGAAGCUGAGCGCUUGCGCUUUUGUGACGCUGUAAACCCGUCUCCGAGACAAACCCCGACCCAAGCAAAAUUUUGUGGGGGCUGUAAAUUUUUGCAUUGAUGAAUCUUCAGAACGGGACUGACGCGGCCGUAA